CUUUCCCACCCAGAGAAAGCUCAGCCUCACCGCAAGUCCAACUUUGUGGUCAGUGCGACGGAUACAAGCUCUCCGAGUCUGACGGGACCGCUGUGGUUUUUUCCCCCCUGAAUGAAGAGAUUUCUCUCCUGAAGCGGAGCUCUGGAAGGUUCGCCAAAGUUAUGCGUAAAAAAGCGCAGCGCUCGUCGUGACGCAGCGUCACCGUUUUUGGAUGUACAACUCAUCUGAACCGAAUCCUGUUUUAUAGCGACAAGUUGGUCCCAAUGAGGAUUAUAAAAACCAUGAGGAUCUUGUGGGUGUUUGUGUUGUGCUUCCUUGAUUUAUCAGGUAAGAAGAAACUGAUUUAAAGAUUUGUGUUUGAGUAAACGGAGCAAAAAUGUCCAAGGGGGCUUUCACUUAAGAAAUACUGUCCCCAUAAAGAAGAUAAGUUUUCCACCGUUGUCAACACUUUUUCAUUUCAUGUUUUUCUUCUUUUUGUCCUUUAUUUUUUUAUGAUAGUUCAAAGUCUUAUAAAGUCUUAACCUCCCUCUGAGUAAAGAGUGUAGAUUUCUGAAUCCUUGGGGAGAAAAGGAGCUCAUCCAUGUUUCCUGCCAUUGUUCUGUGGUUCUGAGGCUUAAAUUCCAGCAAGAAGGAAUCCUGCACAAACAACACAGGGUUUGGCAAGUUUAUUAAAAUAACUACAUUCCUCAAAUGUUUCCUUCAACCAAAACUUUGUUGAAAAUAGGGGAACUGGUAUCUCCAGUGUUCAAAUCUGUAUCUCAGGUGUGAGUGUGGAGGGUGUUUUAACCCUGAAAGUUACAAUAUUGAUUAUAACUUUACAUUUAAGAAGUACCCAAACGGGUACUUUUAGGCUACUUAUAAUGUUCCUGCUCUAAAUUAAACAUAAUUUGGGGUGUUUACAUGAUUGUCCAGACAAUUUUAUUGAAGUUAUUACAGGUUUGUGGAAAAGACCAAAGGCAUUUUGUGCAGUUUUGUCCAGCAGACAUUUUUUUGACAUGAGACUGUGCUCAACUGCUAUCUUCUACUGUUAGAAGUGGAAUAUAACUCUUAUGUGUGUGAAUUAAAACAUGAAACCUGAGGAAAAUAUUCAGUAAAAGAUAAACUAAGUAGGACCGAGGAUGAGUAAGAAGAAUUGGACAUGACAGAGAUGACAAAAUUAAGAACUCUGGGUGGUUGUGGCUCUGUAGUAGAGUUAGUCAUGUCCCAGUUUGAAGGUUUGUGGUGUAAUCCCCGGUCCCGCGGUACAUUUGCACAAGUUUUUGAACCCCAAAUUUCUCCCAAGGACAAUAAAACUGGUGUGUGGACAGGAUUGGUCAAUAGUGAUGAGUGUUAUACAACAGCCUCUGCCACCAGUGUGUGAAUGUGAGAUGAAUUGGUGAAUGUGGCAUGUAAUGUAAAAGCAUGAGUAGUGGAAGUGUUGAGAUCAGUCCAUUUACUUUAUGCACUUCUCGAGUAUUGCAGCAAUUGGCACACCUGCAUUAACACAUCUGCAAAGGUUUUGUGGUCUUUUAAAGCUAAAUCCACUUUUAGCACACAAAUGACUUACAAACUUCAUAUCACUCACUUUGUCCAAACUUUCUUGCUAGAAUUGAAAAAAUUCUUAAAUUUGGAGGCAACAUACCUUAAAGAACAUGAUCAUUUAACAUUUAACUUAAGUUUUAAACAACCAAAAUAUGUUUAGGACGAAGCUCAUGAUUCAUUUAGUAGGUAAAACAGACAGUUACAGUUAAUUCUAUCAUCGUUGUUUGUCAGCAACAGCCUGGUUUCUUUCUCUGGCUAGUGGAAAAAAAUGUGCUGUCUCCAUCAAAUUACUUCUAUGUGCAAAAAAACUAAAAGUUUAAAGCUCCUAUGGGUAGUUCUACAUGUUUAUAAAAUAGGCUGAUAUUCAUUCAGUUAUCUUUUUAUGACAUCCAAAGGCAUGUAAGACCAUCAGCUACAAGAUUGGGGAUUUUUGUUUUGUACGUUUUAAUGUCUGAAACUGGUGCCAGGGGGUAGGUGUCAUUAGUAUUCAGAAUUAAUGAUGUGUGUGACAGUAAAAAGUAAGCAGGAUAUGAUAUGUAUGUGAAAAAUUGCAGCUUAAGCUUGUAAAUGACGAGUUAAGUAAAGAUGGUUUUGUCCAUAGGGGGCGCCAAAAUUGUAAGAAGCUUAAAAGUCCUCACAGGAGCUUUAAAGCAUGUUAUAAAACAAUGAAAUAAAUAUAGAUGACUCUUUACAACUUACAAGAGCAAAUUAAACCAACAGUUUAAAGACUUUGUAUAUAUUUAUUUGUAAUGUCUUUAAGCAUGGUGGGGGGUAGGUGUCAGAUACACUGCGCACAACUGAAACCGAAAUCAGGUUGAGUUUCUUUGUUACCAAAAACUACUUAUCGCACAAUAUCACCAAAACAGUUACCGCUUUGUCGACACUAAACAACAAGCCCUCACAGGAGCUUUAAAAUUCUAAGUCAAGCUCACUGUGACUAUUUAACCUUGCCUGUUUACCAGAAAUCAGAUUGUUUAAAACUUCACAUCCUCAUCCCACAGACGCUGUGAUCGACCUGACCAUGAUCUCCACAGCCGAGUUCACAAACGUCCAUCACUUCUCCAUCACUUGUAUCAACGGAGAGCGUAGCCCAGCCCAGGUGGAGCUGGAAAUCAAAAAAGACGACAAGAUCCUCGUUUUCCCCAAGAAACCAUCCUUCAAAGUGCACAAACCGAGGAAUAAAGAGGCCGUGGCUCGAGACUUCAGAGAUCUGGAUCAUAUCGGUAUCUUCUACUGUAAAUCCACUAUGGAGGCUUCCCGGCCAGAGACGGUCACCAUGAUCAACAACAUUGGCAGAGGUGUGUCAAGCUUUGAGUAUGAGUUACCGUAUUCUUUAAACUUCAGCUAACUUGGAAAAAGAAAAAAAACAACUCUGUACUUUAUUACAGCUAAUUUUCUCCCAACCCACCUCACAAUGACUGCGAACAAAAACGAGUCGGUUCACCUCAGCAUGAAGCUCCUCAGCUCCCAAAAGAGAGACGUGACGUGGAAGUUUAACGGUAAGACAGCAAACACGACUUUUAUUGAAUUUCAUCUACUUAUAGCAACAAUACAGACCGUUCACAUAGUGUAUUAAACAAAUAACAGCUAUUUCGCCACAUGUGGAGCCAUGCCAUUCAUGUUUUUCUGCCUUUUAUAGGAAACUACAACUACAUGACUCACUGGAACGAUAUAAUGAACCGCACUGCUGUUCUGACAGUGGACCAUUUGGAGUUAAGAUAUGAGGGCAUCUACAGUGCCAGCUACGUGGGGGACAGCCCCCUGCAUGGUGCCUGGAUGAGGCUCAUUGUUAGAGGUUUGUUAGAGACUGACUUUCACAAUCUUAGAAACAGUGACACACAAGAAUCUUGCUUACACAGAGACUGCAUACUUGGUGUGUCGUUAUUGUAAUGGUUAUUGUACCUAUCAGUGUAUGUGUCACUUACUCCUUGCAGACUGUCCCGCUAAAAAAUGGGGUCCUUCCUGCGACAGAGACUGUCCUGAGUGUCUAAAUGGUGGAGUGUGUCAUGAUGCUGAUGGAGACUGUGUCUGCCCUCCAGGAUUCAUGGGAACGCGGUGUGAGACAGGUUUGUGCUCACUUCAGUGUUCUCAAAAUGAUAGUGUACAAGGUUGUGUGUUUGCAUAAGUGAGAGAAGAGAGACAAAGAUGGUAUAUCACCGAUGAGUGUCCAAAUAGGAGGGUAACCAGGGGAACGGUGCUGCUUACAGGUCCUGCAACAGGAUGCUAGGUGAGCUAGCUAGGGGAGAAGCAGGAGGGGUUCAUACAGUGUUGCCAACUCCUCAGUCAGGAAAGUCGCUAGUGGCUGUCAUAAAAAUCACUAGAAGUCGCUAGAUGACGUCAAUGCCUAAUUUGCAUAGUUUCUCAGUCAAAGGCUUGGCGCUUUUAUGAAAAUAAGUCGCUAGGGGAGUCAGAAAAGUUACUAAAUCUAGUGACAAAGUUGCUAGCUUGGCAACACUGUGUUCAUAUAUGAAGCUGGCAAACGCCAAAUAAGCAACAACACUUUAACAUGAGCUUAGCGGAUUCACAUGCUGUCAACAUUAGCUGGUUAACGUCACUGUUAGCCUGCUAAUCAAACUUUGGCCUCAACUGUCGCCUACUUAGUGCAAGAUAACAACACUAGCAGCAGGGAAACAUAAAAGAUGGCAAAGUUUAUCCCUAUCUAAUAGUACCAGGUAGAUCCAAAUGCAUUGGUAGUUUGGCUCAUGUACAGCGCAUGUAAAAAAACAACUGUCAUGCAAAAGUACAGAAAACUGUUUAAUCCCUGUCUUUGUUGACAGCUAGUGGUGUCUGGUGGUCAAAUUUCAGUUUUGAGACUUUACUAAUACUCCAAAACCACAUUUUGAGAACCCUAUCAUGCCCCUUAUUGUGUGGUAGUUGUUCACAUUUAUCUUAAAUUUUACGUCAUUUAAAAACUGUUGUUCAGGACUGUGUGCAACAUGCUUACUCGCGCUUCCUACCUACUCAGCUACCGUAAUAAGUUCUAGUCUACAUACACGAUUUUUUUUCUCAGUCAUGAAACGCUUAAAUCAGGGACAGAUUUAGCCUGAGACAGGUCAACAAAAUCGGGACUGUCCCUGGAAAACAAGGACGUCUGGUCACCUUACCCCAAAGGUCGCCACUAGGCCAGCCAGCAUCUCAGCAUGAGGUGUUUUAAAAAACGAUCAAUGAUGUUGGUGAAAUGAAAUGUAUGGUCCUUUUAUCCAGAUUUCCUUUCUAAAUACUGCACUGACAAAACUUUGCUCAUUUUGUAAGUUGUAUAUUCAGAUGUGAAGGUUUGGUUGGUUUUAAGACUGCAAGACUUCAUAAUCUAACAACAUCGGCACCUCAGUUAUACUGUUCUCUGUGUUGUUGUCACGGAGGGUUGAGGCGUGUUACACUAAAACCCAAGGAAUUUAAAAAAUAAACACAUUUGUGAAUUUGUCUUUCUCUUACUUUCUUGCAGCCUGCAGGGAAGGAAUGUUUGGACGAAACUGCCAGGAGUCAUGUGGCUCUGGGAUGAGCUGUAAGGGGCUUCGAUUCUGCCUACCAGACCCUUACGGCUGCUCCUGCGCCAGCGGCUGGUUUGGGACCCGCUGUGAAAAACGUAAGCGCCUCAUCACUUAAACAAACUUCUGGGUUUUUUUUUUCUAAUCUGAUAAUUGUACAUGUUUAAUGGCACACUUUCCUCUUUUGCAUGAUUGUUUUGUUUUCUGUUUUCAGCCUGCCAUGGCGACACGUACGGACCAGACUGUGCGCUGAGCUGUAAAUGUGAGAACGGAGGGGUUUGUAAACGCAUUAGUGGUUGCCAUUGUCCUACUGGAUGGAGAGGACAGCACUGUGAGAAGUCUGGUUGGUAUCUUCUUCUUCUAAUUUGUUUCUACCUUUAGGGCGGCUGUAUCAACAUGUCUAACACUGUAAAGUUUAAACAGUUUUUAGAUAAAAUCCUGGUCAAAUUUGGAUCUAGAGAGCUUGUCUGCUGCAAAUCAGAGCAGUCAAAACGAACAUAAUCCUUGAGACUGCUUCAGUUUGCAGGAUUUCUCAUGGAAGUUAAAUAUCAAACAUAAUUAGUGAGAUUUACGAUCUCAAAAUCUGACUAAUGGUUUGAAUUAAAACCAUAAUCUUCUCUGGAAAUGUGAAGGAGAUAAUUAGUUGUGGAUUAUAGAAAAUGAGGCGUAUGCACAACAGUUUUUGUUCAGUGUUAUUCCUCUAUCAUUUACUCUGCUGCAACAUCAAUAUCCUGUGCUAAUACUCCACUAUCUUUCCUCCGCUUCAUGCGUCCCCUUCUUUUUUCAGACCGGGCUCCCCAGAUCCUGGAUUUGGAUAGUAAUUUGGAGUGGAAUCUGAACUCCAGCCCCAAGAUCUCCUGUUCAGCUACAGGAAACCCCCUGCCCAGCCACAACAGCAUCGAGUUGAGAAAGCUGGACAGCACAGUGCUCAAGGUAGAAAUACAUGUGGAGAUGCCUGAAUAUAUACGGACUGGAGAGGGUAAUCUGUGAGGUUCUGAGGGGUGUCGCAUAAUAAGUUGCCUGAAGAUACCUUUAAUGAACAUAAAGUUCAUCUCAACAAAAUUAGAGACUCUAGAAACAGAGCCAAAAAACAAAGUCUGAAUACAGUAAAGAAAAACUGCUGAUUGUGGGGGAGUAAUAUCCAUCACUGCUGAAAAGUGAAUCCACUGUGGGGUUUUACUCAUCCCCACUACUUCACGCUGUAUGUCUGGAUCGACUCAAACGUGCCUGAUAAUCGGGAAAGCUGGACAAGAACAGCAUGCUCCGAUUUUUCAUUAACUUUAAAAAGACUCUUUUUAUUUUGUCUCGUUUGUCUUUGUAAAUCACAACUAUCAGCUUUUAGUUUUUUCCUUUGAGAUGAUGCAAAAGUAGUAGUGCUCUGGUACAAAGCAUGAAAGUGAUGUUCUGCAUGAGGAGUUUAGAGCGAGUGCUCAUUUUUAACCCAUGUCCUCAGUGCAUUAUCACAUGCAAGUAACACAAAACACUGAUGCCAUCAUUUGAUUACCAGUGCUCCUGCAGUUGUUUGUAGCCGACAAGAGCAGCACUAGUAGGUGAUUAGAUAUCUGGAGUUGAGCUGUUACAUUAUCAGAUUUUCAACUAACUUCUAUUGUGGCUAUAAAAAGUCACAACAUUACUAUGGAAUAUUAAUGGAAAACUUAAAAUUUAAAAUAGCUUGAGAAGAGGCAUUCCGAGACCAUUACCUCAUAAAAACGAUUGUUCAGCAUGCUUUUUUUUUGAUAUUUGUUUCUCCUGUGUAUGUAUUUCCUACAUUGUGAACUGUGCUUUUAUUUUGAAGUGUACGCUACUUCCGGUAGAUCGUAAGUUACGGAGUUGAAUGAAAACAGCUAAAAGGAUGAUAUAAAUUUGAAAUAUAUAAUUAACAAGUAAAUUUAAGAUGAACCGGCUUCAAUAUUUAUUUUGGUUUUACAAUAAAUCAUGAAAUUUCAGUUUUUAAAAACUGCUGACUCAUCUCUUAGAGAGUUGCUUUACGCUAGCUCACAUUCUGCUGCAUCAUUUUCGUCUUUCUACCGUUUUGUUUGGCGUGGCAACCAAAGUUUACAACCUCAGCUUUUAACUUAUACUAUGAUCAUUUUAUUUUUAGCACAUCAACCACAGCCCUACUAGCGAGGAAACAAGUCCAGAAACUCUUGGAAUAAUAAAUAACUUUUCUGUGCCUUUGGUUUGAUCUAAUGAUUGUACAGUUGAGUUUAACUUUGAGGAAAUCAAUGAAACAAUGGUCUGAUCAGAUAGUAUAGUACUACAGUCUCAUGUGACAUGCUGAAAUUAAUGUGUUAUUUCUUCUUUGCUGUUUCCCUGAUUGUACAAAUAACCUGAUGAAGAACUGUACACACAGUUCCCACAGGAACACACACUGAGGACAAUCUUAUCACAAAUACUAGAAGCAGCAAGAAAAGACAGUGUUAUAAAGUGUUUUUUUUUUGUUUCAGGCUACGAGUACGGUGAUGGACUCAAAUAAGAGCACAGCCCUGUUUGAUAUCCCUCCUCUGACGGCUCAACAAGGAGGAUUGUGGGAGUGCAGGGUGUCCACAAAUGGAGGCCAGGACUCCCGCAAGUUUAACCUCACUGUUAAAGGUCUGUUUCUUUCGAGUAAGAAGUAAACAGAGAGAGCUAUAUAAUGUUGUAAUUUCUAAAUCUUACUCUCUGUUGGUGUGUUUCCUCAGAGCCUCCUGUUCCCACUACUGCUCCCAAACUGCUGGAUAAAAGUAGUAAACAGCUGCUGGUGUUGCCCAUGGAGUCUCACAGAGGAGACGGCCCCAUCAUCUCAAAGAAGCUCCUUUACAAGCCAGUGGGGAACGGAGACUCCUGGUCCACUAUCAUAGGUAAGCAGGCAGAAAUAUCCUGACCUUUACUAAGCUGUAGCAUGAAACCAGACAGCACCACUGAACACUUGAUACAGUGGGUGUAUGAGCUACAGUGCAGGGCUAACAAAAAUAUGGUUGUUUGGAUAAAAUAAUCUUAUGAAAGCCAAUUUAGUAGGGUUGUAUGAAGUACUAAACAUAUAUACUUGAGUUGAAGCAUAGUUACCUUGCUAGAAAAGGACUCAAGUCAAAGUGAAAGUCUCCCAUGACAAUUCCACUCAAGUUGAAGUCUUAAAGUAUAUUACAUUCUCUCUACUUAAGUAUCAAAAGUACUCGGGUAAAUGUACUCCAAGUAAAAAUUCAAAAUCAAAGUACAAAUAAAUAGUCUUUUUUGUUUUUUUGCAAAUGUCAUUUGUGCCCAAAUAAGCACCCAUUUCAGGUGGGUGCAAGCAACAGCUUAGCAAAAAUAAAAGGGAGGGAGGGAUGGACGAACCCCUGAUGACAAUAGUGCAUCCUCCAACAGUCAAAGAACUUGGGAUGACAGUUGGGCAUGAUGAGAACCAUCAAAACAGCCACUUGACAUUUAGGUUGGUGCAAGCAACUGCACAGCCUAGGCUGGGGACAUGAACAAGUGACUGAUCGGCGAUGUUUAAGUGCAAUGCAAAUCAACAUUAGGUAAAAGGAAAAAAAGACUACUCACUGUCAUAAGUAAUGAAGUAAAAAUAAUAGUAGAAGAUGUGUUUGUGAAAUGUAGUGGAGUAAAAGCCGUGGGCACAAAGAAAACUCCAGUAAAGUACAGAUACUUCAAAAUUAUACUCAAGUACUGUACUCAAGAAUUGCUACUUACUUACUAUACAACACUGCAAUUUAACCACUGGAUAUGGUCUUAUCUCUAAUGUGCAAAUGUGAAAUUGCUUCAGCAAAAGAAAAAUAUUUCAGACUCAGACUGUCCAGUUUUCUUUCCACCUGUUCUUACUGAGAAAAUUAAGCAUUUCCACAUGGUCCAGUAUCAGUCAGUCAUAACAGGUCCAGCAGCAGAGACCACGCUCAGAUGGGACAAAACAUGAGUCUAAUCCUCUUUAAUCUGCUCUCUCUAGUUUAUACUGACAACGAGUCCAUCACGCUCGUGAAUCUGGAGCCCUUGACCCGUUACCGAGUCCGUGUCCAGCUGAGUCGUCCUGGGGUAGGAGGAGAAGGGGCCCCAGGGCCAGAGGCCAUCAUGGAGACUGACUGUCCUGGUAAGAACCACAAAUAUCUGUCCUGCCCAGUCAACAGGAUCACAUACCUCACUGCACAUGAGUACGUCUAUCAGGAAGUCUCGCCAAGGGAAAGAUGUUCACAUUCAGGUCUGCAGAGCCCAGAGGAGAGUUAUUAUCUAGUGGCAGGAUGACAGUAAUAGAAAAAUCUCCUUAUUUUUCCUCUGCAGUGUUUUUUCCCAGGCUGCAGGGAGCCAAUUGUCUUUUCCCCAGUGAGCGUAGCUACCCAGAUGUCUCAAGACUGAGACAAAUAUAGAAGAUGAAUUAUAUUUGAAGUCUCCUCUCAGAUAAAAUAAAGAUUCCUGUGAGAGCAAACCAUAAUAAAUAUUUCUCAUCAGUCAUUAAUUAACUUUGCUAAACCUGCAUCGAUUUGGCAGAAUCUGGGAUUUCAUUCCUAAGUGUUUGUGGUGCAGGAGGAGAGAGCAUAACAAGUGAGUCCAGGAGACUGAAAUGGAGUAUCAGAGCACAGAGCUGUAUUUAAUGUGAGUCUCUGGCUGGCAGGAUGUGGUCUGCUCCAUAAGGCAGAACAAAUGUUGUUUGUCACAGGGAUAGUUUGUCUCUCGAACAAGCAGAAACUUUUUUUAAUAGUGUACUAAACCGCCACUUAUGGAGUGAGAAGUCUCAUUUAAAUGGGUUAUGGUGCAGCAUUUAUGAUUGCUAUCCAUUCCUGAAGCUACAUAAAAUCAUUCAGACUCUUGAUAGCUUCUUUAAAUUUUGAAAGGAUGUCCAAAAAUAUUUCUCUGUAGCUUAUGACUUUUUUUAGUUCUCCUGUUUAUUCAAAGAUGGGAGGAUUUUGAACAAAAUAAGUAGUUUAUGCAUGCUAGGGGGGAAUAAAAUAUCAAAACAGCAAUAUAUGGUUCCCCUGAGCUGUGUGAUACAAAUAUCAAUACGCUGAGGGCCAAAUAUUGAUAUUCAAAUAGGAUAAAUAAGGCUCACCACAUCAGUACUCCAUCAUGCUGUGUGAUGGUGCUGAUGGCAUGAGUAAAUCAGGCUUGAUUGUUUUGCAAUAGGGGAGACUGGGGUAAGUUGAGCCGAAGGGUAAGUUGAGCCACCCCCUGUUGUUUGGAAAUGGUAAAAGAAAUUGAUCAUGUGACCAAAUAUUUAGGAGAUGGACAUCAUUUAAUGGAGUCUGUGAAGGUUAGAAGCACAUGGAUGAAGAAGGGGUUAGACAUUUAUUUCCAAAAAAACAUUUUUCACUCUUGAAAGUUGGUUUGCAGGGAUGAACAACAUCUUGAAAUAUAUGCAGAUACACUAGUUAGAGACCAAACUAUGAUUGCCUUGAUGCAGUGAUCCGAAAUAUGAAAAAUGGCUCAUCUUACCCCACUCUCCACUAUAUUGAUUCUUGCAGCAUUGCUGUGUUUUGAUAUUAUCACAGUGGGCCCCUAAUACAAACUGAAAGUUUUACUUUGUUGCCCAUAAAAGUGAAGAAUUGUUUAGUUAUUUAGGAGGCGCAAACAUGCAAAUCCAUUCAGGUCUCCUGUCAAGCUGCAUGUGUUUUAGACACUUCCUAAUUAGUAUUUUAAAACAGGGUUUAGGAUGUAUCUUCGUGUUGUAAGCUAACAAUCCUAUCAGCUGUAGUCAGACUAAAUGUUACAUAAUUGAUGCAACUAUCCAGAAAACGUAUCCAGACAUUUUAUAAGGGGAAACUCACAAAGAGCUGUCAGUCCCUUCAGCUCACUCUGUGUUCUCUGUCGCUGCAGAGCCCACAGUUCAGCCUGAGAUUGACAUCAGCUCAGUGGAGGGUCGUAAUGCCACUGUACGCUGGCGCCUUCCCCCCAACAGUGACGUUAAUGCCCGCACAGCCAGCGGCUUUUUAGUGCAGCUCAUCGGGCCUCCGCCUCACAGUGAGAAACUCCUGGAAGAAACCACCCUGCUCACCGUGCUCUCCACUAAGUUCCACAACCUGGAGUACCAGAAAGACUACAAGGUGGUGGUGCGCCUCAUCAACUGUGGCAGCCAGGGGCCUCCCUCCAAACCAUACCACUUCCGCCUCAGCAGCCAGGGUAACUAGAAACUCUGCUGUUCAUGAGCUGCAGGGAAGAGCUCCUUAUGAAUGUUGCAGUAAGCCGUGUGAGUGUGCAGCUUCCCCACUUCAAAGAGACUGAAACAUUUACCCAAAAAUUUAAAACUGGAUCCCACUCAAGAAGACCAAACCACUUUCUAAAAUUCACAAGCUUAGUUUAUUAUUCUACUUCAGCAUUUCCAGUGCUCUCUUUUGUUCUGUUAGUCAUGAUUCAUUAAGCUGCUGAAACUUUAAAAACCUUUGAAAUACUUUUAAAAUAGAGAGAAACUAAAAAUAAAACACGUUUUCUUCUGUACACAGGGAACAGAAACACGCACAUUGGUAAAUUUAGAGCACCAAACAUAGAGCACAACAAAGAAUUAGAGCCACAUUGAGAAAAAAAUAUAUAUGAAGAUAUCAAGGUAACAUUUAUAACUACAAGAUUAAUAUAAAAGGACAGGAUUUUGUGAAUAAAAUUGUCAUGCUUUCUUUCAUGUGGACUUAAAACUCCAUCAUAUUUUGAUGUCUUUUUCAAUUAAAAAUUCAUCGUCCUCUUAGAAAAGCAAAGAAACUGAAAGUAAGUUACUUUCCCUAAACUCCCAGGUUUAAAAUGAGUUAGUUUUACUAUGCAGAUUGUCUUAAAUCUGGAUUUAAAAUCAUUCCACACAUUAUCCAGGGACUAAAAAUACAAACAACUUGACCCUCAGUUGAUCUAGAGAUGAUUUCAUUGAAUAAAAACAAAGUAUUAGCGCAGAUAAAACAAUCAUGCCUCUGUUUUGAAGAUUGAUAGCACUUCACUGGCAACAGUACUCAUCAGCUUAAUUUCAGGUUUUAAUUAACAUUAAACUGAACUUUUUUUUCACCUUUCUGUCAGCAUUUUUACAGAAACUGAAAAUAGCAGAGCCUUUGUAUGACCCUCUUUUCUGUUGGGAUUCUCUUCUUACUCAGCCAGUCCCAUCAAUCCAAACCAUGUCUCUGUUUUCUUUCAUUUGUUUGAUGUCUCCUUCCCUCUGCUGCUCCUUGUGUGUUUUGCAGUUUCUCUUAUUUUCAUUUCUCAGCUGAACACCAGUCUGCUUUCUGAAUAAAUUCAGACUAUAAUCAAGAGGAGAUGACGCUAUCAUGUCACUCUUGAUAUUCGAAGUUAAUAACCUUCAUCGGGGAGGUUUUGACCAGUCAGGAUCAAGUGUUGGUCACAGCUGGGUGACUCAUUAGGGGUCCUGGAUCUAUGGAUCUGUUGGUUAUCAGUCCUGAACAGUCUUAAAACCUGCUGCCCUGCUGUUCACUUCUUUGCUCUCUCUCUGCCCACAAACUUUAAGUCAAAACUUAAGCAAGAGAUCAUUCAGAUUCAGUUAGUUUGCAAUCAUCAAGAAACAGCUUAGUAGGUUUCUACUCAUGUCAGAAUAAAUCUAUGAGGUGAUCUUGUUUUGUAAGAUUUACUCUAAGAUCCAUCAGCUUUUCUGUAAAACCUCUCUCUGUCUCAGGUCCAUCAUCCCCACGCAACGUCCAGGCCCACGCUCUGUCUGUGUCAGCCAUCCAGGUGACAUGGCAGCCUCCCGAAGACCCCAACGGAGGCAUCAUUAAAUACAUCAUAGAGUACCAGCCUGUGGGUCAGGGCAGCCCUCACCCCUGGGUGGACACAGACGACGGGAACAAAACCUCCAAAGAUGUGACGGCGCUCAACAGCAGCACGUUCUAUCAGUUCAGAGUGCGAGCUUUCUCCAAAGUUCCCGGAGAGUGGAGCAAGGUGGUGCAGGCGAUGACACAAGAAGAUGGUGAGUGGGGGGUUGUUUGAAGUCAGUCAGACUCUGCUAACCUCCAAAGGUGUACGACAUAGAAGCAGGGCAGUCAAUCAGCUGUUAAAAUUGCAGUGAAAGGGAUAUUCCGGCGUAAAAUUAAGUUUGGGUCAAAAACACCGUAACACUUAGACACCCCCCUCGAGAGAUGAAUGUUGCCGACUGCUUGCUUCUCUAGUUAUACCGACUUAUGUAACAAAAACUAUAGCACUGCAGACACGGUAGUUCCUCUGCCUUAGCGUCUCGGCAUUGCCACAAAGAAAUGCAAUCUAAAACCUAAUUCUAUUAUUUGCAUUAAAAAAAGUUUUUCAGUCGGUACCGAAAAUUUAAAAAGUGACCCUUAGAAUUUUAUUGACUUAGGACUUAUAUUUGAUAAACUUUAACCUGUAUGCUCAGCUUAUAGUCAGUUGCUUCAGCUCAAACCAUAAAAUUUUAAGUCUUUAAGUCAGCUGGGUCGUCUGGGAGUUUUUAAGUGGAAUGUACAAAAGUGCAGCGAUGUUAUUACGUACAAAAACAGUGACUGAAGUUUUAUGUUGUUUAUUUUAGGGCUGGGCGUUAAACUGAAAAUUUACCAAUACCGAAAUUUACGAUUUACGUCAUUUUGCCCAUGUCAGUAUAUUCUGUGUCAAAAACAUUAAUAAAUAAAAGUUGGUUUUGGAUGUGUGUAGGUAGGCUAUGGUCUCAUGUCCCUUUAGGACGCUGUCCUACGUCAGAGACGUGCCUCCACCCCAUCCAGUCCGUAACUAAGAGGGAAAGACAGGUGAGGAGAUGGAUGAUGGUUCAAAAGUUGUAGCGGCUGAAGUAGAGAAAGUUAAUGUGGGAAGGGAUAAGCAGCUUCUGGAGUAGUUAUCGUGCAUUUAUCGUUAUCAAGGUGAACUGCUAGAUAUAUUGUGGAAUUGAUUUGAGGCCAUAUCGCCCAGCCCUAGUUUAUUUCCCACCUCUCCCUUUAUUCAGCAUUCUUAUCUCUGAAUCUAACACACACACUUUCAGAAAUGUUCGAAAUGUUGAAAUGUGAGUUAGAAAAGCUCUGUGACCUGAAGAUGGAACUUAGUUUGAGAAAAGUUUGAGAAGGCUGAGUCGUCCUUUCCUCCCUGCGUUGGUGAGGCAGCGGUAAAAAUGUGGAAAAUUCUCACUUUUCUGGAAUGUGGCGUCCUCUCAGAAAGGAAUGCUGAAAAAUGUGCAGUGUACUGAUAUAAACAUGUUUCAAAAGUUUCUUGGACACACUUUACUUCCCCUUCAAACUAAAAUCACUCCCACUGGAUAGUUUCUCCACUACUGUACACUUAGCCAGUUCUUUCCCGAGGUGUGGUUAAAGAGGACCACCCACACAGAGACAGGGAUGCACUCUGGGUAAUAUUUCAUAGACAGCAUACUAAUGUACGGUAUCUGAAAAUCAUCCUCAUCUCCAUAUUUGGGUUUUCUCUCUCCAUCUUUCAUCCUGCCUCCCUGUCCUCCCUUCUCUUUUCCUCUUCUUUGCCUGAAAAGGUCCUCAGAGUUUGACCCCGACCACCCAGGGUGUGGCUGGGAGGCCUAACGGGGACAGUUACCAGCUGCUGGUGGCGGUGGUGGGUUCAGUAACAGUCACCUGUGUGACCAUCCUGCUGGCUCUGCUGGCUCUUUUCUUCAUCCGCAAGACGCUGCUGAACCGUCGGCGCACGUUCACCUACCAGUCUGGAUCGGUAAGUUUAAGACUCAACACUGAGACUGUCCUAAGAUUAGUCUGACUCAUCUGUAGUUUUUAUGUGGAAAGUUUGGCUACUGGUUGCAAAACUGAGGCCAAAACCGCCAAAAUCUGCAUCCUGGGAGACUCCAAUGGUUGCAGAUUGCGUAAAACCAGACAGGAAAAAGACCCCACUUCUCUUGUGAUUUAAGAUCUGCAUCAAGUUCUGAUACACAGGCAGCCAAUUUCAGAAAAUUAUCCCUACGAUAAAACUGUUUUCACUAGACUUUAAGUCCAUUUGUACCCCCAGGGUGAGGAGACUAUCCUUCAGUUUAACUCAGGAACCCUGACCCUGACACGAAGGCCUAAACCAACACCAGAGCCCCUCACCUAUCCAAUCCUGGAGUGGGAGGACAUCAAGUUUGAAGAUGUCAUUGGAGAAGGGAACUUUGGCCAGGUUUACUCUUUACUUUUUCUACUUCUUUCAGAUUCCUUUCAGAUUGUAUCAAACAUUCAAACUAACUACUGUUUCAAAACCAGGUCAUCAAAGCCAUGAUCAAGAAGGACGGUAAUAAGAUGAGCGCGGCGAUCAAGAUGCUGAAGGGUAAACACAUCUGUAUGAGCGCUCACAUACGUGCAGACACGCCGCAUGUAUCACAAAAUCUCAUUUCAAAGACAAGAACCGGAGCUGCUGAGUUUGCACUUUGUUUAACCCCGCUGCGUGCGCCGAUCUUCCUGCAGAGUUCGCUUCGGAGAAUGACCACAGAGACUUCGCAGGGGAGCUGGAGGUGCUGUGUAAACUAGGCCAGCAUCCCAACAUCAUCAACCUGAUUGGAGCCUGUGAGAACAGAGGUGAGAGAGCGACACCUAGUGGCCGUGUUGUGAACUUAAGUGGAGAUUUUUUAAGGUGCACUGAUUGUAAAUAGGCAUGAUAUUGAGUUUGGAGGAAGAGGCACACGAGUGAUACAAAUACGAGUUUUGACUACGAUACUAAGAAGGCUGUUGUAUUUUUAUUGAAUGAAUCUUGAAUGAAUAAUCUAUUGAAAAGUAAGUUUCUGUUGUUCAGGACAGACAUGCAUGCUAUAAUAAACAUGCAUUUCUGAUUUUAAAAAAUCAAACUGAAUAAAAUGAACAAGAACCGGGUUGCAGACACAGCAGACCUCCAUAAGUACAUACCCAGUCAAAGCCACUGCAAGGACAAGUGCAGUUAGAAGUUGACCUCAGAUGUUGAAAGAAAUUGGAAGUCCAAGGAAGUCAAAUUGUGCAUGCACUUACAGAGCUCUGCUGUUUCUGCAGCCAGGCACUCUUGACGAAAUCUGACCUGUAAUACAACAAAUUUCUGUCCGUGAAUAAAGUAAAUGCUACUAUAGCAACAUUUAAUUUCCUAGCUCACUAUUCUGAUGUGAAGCAUAAAAAUUUGGCUCACUGGAACUAGAAAUAUUUCUCUUGAACUCCGUCCUUGCUUAAAAAAGUGAUAAAAUCACCUGCUGAAAGGUCAAAGCUAAGUAAAUGUCACAUCUGAAUUUGAAGGUCUUAAGUUUGCUUUUAUGAUUUUAUUCAUCAAACUGGCUCAUGAACUGAACCGGCAUCCUUUAGGACACUUUUAGACUGAACAAACGAUUGACGAGUCUGUCUCCUUAAGUCAACAUGCAAAAAAGAUUGCACUUAAGAAUCGCUCUGUUGAGAUUGAUACACCAAUCAAAGGAAAAACUACAAGGAGACUAGGGAUUCGCCCAUCGACUUUCACUGGGACAAAUAAACAUUAAGGCUGUGUUUAAACAUACCCGGUUAUUUUUAAAAACAGACAUUAGCCAUUGUUUGCACCCUUUGGUUAGAUGCAAACGGAGAAUUUGCCCCCAGAAAACGAUGCUUUUUAAAAAUUCCUUUUAAAACUUUGCAUGUAAACAGAGAGAAACUGAGAUUUUGGUAGAUUGUGGAGAAGGAAGAAGGAAGGGACGUUGUUGUUGUUGCUGCUAUGCAAGAUUCAUAUUGGCUAAUGUGGGCUUGAGCUUCUGGCAACAGGUUUGGCAUGCUCUUGAUGGCAAAUAUACACGGGUUAGUGAAAACAAAAACUUUUCUGAAAACGUAGUUGUGUGCACACAGUUUUUUUUUUUUUUUGGUAAACGGAGAGGGUGAAAUGUCCAUUUAUGAAAAUAGCCAGGCACGUGUAAACGCAGUCUAGGGAUUCACACAUCGACUUCCACUGAGACAUAUAGAAAAACAUUCAAUGAACCAACAAAGAUACAGGGAAAGACAGGGACUAUCUAUACAUAGGGAAACGAGCAAUAAGAGGCAGGUGAGACCCUGAGACACAGGUGCAGACAAUUACUGAGGAAGUAAAACAAGACUAUACAGACAAGGAUGGACUACUCCAAAAUAAAACAGGAAACACUGAAAACUUAUCUAAAGAAAAACACUGAGAACAUGAGGAACUAAUAACUCACAAGACAGGAUCACAGGGAACAGGAUAACUAGGUAGGGUGACUUCUAACUUUCCAAAAAGAGGAUACAACUACGCAGGGGGCGGAGUCACACAAAGUUAAUUUUGAGAGUUUUCCGGGUUGAAUCGAGCGUCUUUUAUGAGCUUCUAACUCAGUAAGUCCAUGUGACACAAACUCCAAACUUCCAUACAAAACCGUGGACAUUUGAAGGAUUUUAUAAACUUCCCUGGACAAAGCUGGACAAGGCCGGACAUCCCUCCAAAAAAGAGGACAUGUCCGGGUAAAAGAAGACAUAUAGUCACCCUACAAUGGGGAACAGAAACACUAGAAUAUGCAUUCAAUUAACAAAACCAGGAGAAAACUGAUUUAAAAGAACAUAUCAUGACACGCUCUCCUGUUAGUGAAGGAAACAGUUAACUCCUCCCUGAGAUCCAAACAGACUCUCUGUUCUGAUCUCACUCCCAUCUGAUCUUCCACCCUCUGCACCUGCAAACCUCAAGAAUCGGUCCAGUCUAAAUAACCGCAGCCCGUGUUUUGCUCAUUUAUUUGAGUAUCCCGUGCUCACUGCUGUGUCAUACAUUUAUGUAUUUGUAUAAGGUUUCCUUGGCAGCAGUACUUCACACAGAGUAUCAGUUUCCCGCAGCUAUUUCCACAAUGAAUAAUUGACUCGCUUUGUUUGAUCAAAGAUUGAUAACAUAUGAGAGGGGAAGUCUUCUACAGACAGUACACGAGUGAGAACAUUAGGAAAGCAAAUCAGCCUUGAAAUAUAAACCUCUGAGUAAUUAGGUGUUUUUUUCUGCCGUGGUUUCCCAAGUAGAGCGGGUUACCCCCUGAUAGGAGAGUCGUUCCCCUGCUCUUUCAGGCUGAAAACGAAGGUCUGUAGAGGAGACACCAAACCACAAACUCUGUGUGAAUUAGUGUCAGUGGCAGUUCACAUAAAGAGUAGUAGAAAUACAGCAGACUAGAAAGGUGCUGUCCCUUAACCUUAACCUCCAGAAUAAUAUUUAAGAGGGGUUGUCCUCAUCAGUCAUAUAAACUGAACGAGAAUCUGAAGUGUGAAGAGUCUCCUCAAAUAUACAAAUAACUUGUCAUACUUUAGAUUUAGGAGAGAACAAGUGAGUAAAGGAAGUUGGUGGGAAGGAUAAAAGUGAUUAUAAGGGAGGCAAAAUGAAAAAUGGAGUAAGAAAGAAAACAGAAAGACGAGUAGAACAAAGACAGAAGCGGAUGAAGAAUUUAAGGCAGAGAGGAUGAAAAAGAGAAAUGAGAAGAAAGGAAUAGGAGGAGGGAUAGACAGAAGGAUGGAAGAAGGAAGGAAGGAAGGGAGGGAGGAAGGAAUGUGGAAUGAGGUAGGAAAAGAGUUCAGACUUAACAGUGAAAUGUAAGAGUAAUGACAAGGCCGAAGAAGGGAAGGUAGGAUAGAAGGAAGGACGGAGUUAAGAUAGAAGAAAGAAAGGAAGGAUAGAGGGUUAGGAGAAAAGAGAUGGAAAGACUGAAGACUGGAGAAAAGAAAGUGGGAGAAGAGGAAGGAAGUAACAAAGAAGUAAGGAAAAGAAGGGAGGAGAAAGGAAUGAGAAAGGAAACUAGAGAGGAAAGAGGGAUAAUAGAAGGUAAUGAAGGAAAGAAAGAAGGACAUAGGAAGGAAAGACGGAAGAACAGAGGGAAGUAUGGAAAGAAAAUAGCAAGGCAGACAUUAGAGUAGAAGAAUGAAAGAAAGUGUAGAAAGAAGGAGAGGUGGAAAUAAUGACAGAGAGUGAAGGAAGGAUAGAUGAGUUGAAGGAAGGAAAGGUACUGAGGAAAUAAGGAAUUAGGAAAACCAGCUCGUAAAUGAAGCUAAAACAUAAGGAGGGAAAUGGCUGCAGACGAACGGUCCGUUUAAAAGGAGUUAGAUUUGAUGUCUUGGACACGUUACACAGCUGUGUGGUUCUUGGUGCUGAAACAGGAAAAUCUGUUUAAAUGUUUAUUACAACAGAGAGUAAAAUACAUGAUUUCCCAGACCAUAACUCAACUGCUGGUUUUGGCAUUUUGCUGUUUGUUUCCUGUUCACAGGAUUUCUCUUAUUUGAUUUAUUCUGCAUGAGCACAGAAAAAUAGAAUUGAACCAGAAGUGUGUCUUAUACUGAACUUUUUUUCCUGUGCACAUAAACUAACUUUACCACAAAAGUUAGUAUUUAACCGUUAAACUCUAGAUGCACAAUGUUACCCCCUCUCUGUCCUCUCCAGGCUACCUGUACAUAGCCAUUGAAUACGCUCCCUAUGGUAACCUCCUUGACUUCUUGAGGAAGAGCAGAGUGCUGGAGACCGACCCCGCCUUUGCCAAAGAGCACGGCACGGCCUCCACCCUCACCUCCCAGCAGCUACUGCAGUUUGCUGUCGAUGUGGCGACGGGGAUGCAUUACCUGAGUGACAAACAGGUAGGGGGAUAUGGAGCGUGAAUUGUUGGCGGUUGUCUUGUGUCUGUGAGUAAUUUUACUGAUAAUGUUUCUCUUCUCCUGUCCUCUACUCUCUCCUUCCUAGUUCAUCCACAGAGAUUUAGCAGCCAGGAACGUCCUCGUAGGGGACAACCUUGUGGCGAAGAUCGCAGACUUUGGACUGUCCCGCGGUGAGGAGGUGUAUGUUAAGAAGACAAUGGUGAGUGCUCAGGACGUACAGUUUCACUUUUUCAGAUUUCUAACUUUGUUUUUGCCUUUUUUUGAUCUUCUUUCCUCCUUGUCUUUAUUUUGAUUUCCAUAACUGGGAGACUGUGAUACAAAUGAAAUGACCAGAAGAGGGCAGUCAUGUGCUGAUAUUAUUAAACACAGUGUUUUGAACAGACAUCAACAGUAGUCUACAUUUGUGACACACAGAGUCAAACUCUCUUUUUGUCCAUUUGUUUACAGUUUGUGAUUUGAGAUAAUCUGCUCCUCUGUUUUCAGGGGAGGCUGCCUGUCCGCUGGAUGGCCAUUGAGUCUCUGAACUACAGCGUGUACACCACCAAGAGUGAUGUGUGAGUUACAGAGUUGACUGUUCAGAUGGCAUAGAUGAUGGACUAAUCCAAAAAGGUCCUACUCUCCCUAAUAUUCUCUAAACAUGACACUCAGUGGAGACUUCAAGCCGUCCUCAGAGAUUUCUUUUCUGUGUAAAUAAGUUGAAAACACCUAUCUUUAGGGUAACCUAAACAUUACCUAAACCUCAAGGAUGUGGUGAUGAUCAGGGUUUCUUCUGGCAAAGAUAUAUCUUCAUAUAUAAUAUGGAUUUGUAUCAUUCAGAGUUAAGUUUGAGCUCUUUAGAUAGCACUUCAUAAUCUGCAAUUGUCAUUUUAUAAAAGGGAAAACUGGCUUCUGGAAACACACAGGAGUCCCAUACAUCUAAUCUAAGGCUGGCCCGACUCUGACAUAGCUAUGGCCAGAUUAAGGGCCUGAUUUGCAAUCCUAGAUGAUUGGGGGCUCAUUGUAAUUGAUUAUUCAUUAAAUUAAUCCUCAAGUGUUUGGUGUCAAAAUAGGGCUGUCCCGAUACAAUAUUGAUAUCAAAUAUCAGCCAAAAAACAAAAAUCCGAUUCUAUCGGCCUGCAUCUAAAAUCUCUAGUAUCAGCACUCUGAUACAAGCAGUCCAUUCCAGACUCCAUUCUGACACUUCUAUCUAGCAGCGCCCGGAUCCAGCAUACAGAGCCCACAUGAUCAUAACAACAACAACAGUGAGUACUAAGGUACUAACAAAGUAGCAAGGAGUAGGAGUGAUGUCGGCUGUGUGGCAGUAUUUUUUGUUUAAGUCCGGAAAAGAUGUUGCAGCUGAGUGCAAAACUUGUCAUGCAUAAGUUUGUGCUAGUAUCAGGUCAAAAUUGGAAUCGGCCGAUACUGAAGGCUACAAUAUCGAUAUCGUAUUGAAAGUAAAAAAGUUGUAUUGGGACACCCCUGUGUCCAAACAACAAUUUGACUGCUCCAGAUCUGGGAUUGUAAAUAUCACGCAUGUUUACUCUUUACAAGUCCAGGUUGUAGUUCCUCCGACAAAAAGCCAACAUUAACCAAUGAGAAGAGCAGACAAGAAAGUGUCACCAGUCAGCUGUCUGAUGGUUUAUUUGCAGUUUACAUAAAUUGAAACUCAAGCACUGAUUAUCCUAAAAAGAAAACAAACCACCUUAAAAUUGUCUGUACAUGUCCAAAAGCCAGUAUUUAAGUAGCAGAGUGAAUUUUUUCUAGUUUGCACAACAUCCCUGAUAAAAACGCCAGUGUCUUGAUGCCCAAGUAGAGGCACCAGAUGUUUUCUGCUAGAAGAAGGCCUGAGUGCUUCUGUGAGAGCUCACGUCAACAAAUGUUAAGUGUGUGGUCUUAUGGAAUCAUCCAGUGAGUGCUUAGAUGAUUCUCAUGUUUUUGCACCGGGUCUGUAUUCAAAGUUACAGGUCUGGGAAUCAUCCUGAGAAAUGAGACAAACCUCUGGUGUUUGUCAUUUCCUGAAAUUUUCCACCAAUCACCAAACUCCAAUCCACAACGUCUCACUAUCAUACCUCUUCCUUCUUGUUUUUUUCAUUGCAUCAUGGGAACUUCAUGAACAUUGUUUCAGCCUGCUAACUUGACACCACACAACUCCCUCCCACAGAAAACAACAAAUCAUCCCCCCUGUCACUGCUGGAGUGAUAAUAGCGUGCUGUGUAACUGAUAAGCCCAACCAGGAAACUCAGAGCACAACUUAGCAGACAGACCAGGACGUCGGUCUGUCAAAAAGAGGCCUAUUUAUACGAAGACUAGAAGAGCCUGAGACGGACAGCUAACGGAAGACGUGAGAAGCCUGUGGAGUCCGAGACAGUUGUAAACAUUAGUAACAGAAACAGAAUGUACGAAAAGAGAACAAGAUCAGAGUCGGCGCGAGACAUGGUGCAGGAAUGAGAUUAGAUUAACAGGGACGAGGGAACAGACUGACGGCACAAGCAGCUCUUGUCUGCUCAUAUGAUCGACCGCACGGCUUUAAGACAUGUGUAGCUGCUGUUUUUUUUCCUUCGAUUAUUUCUUCAAUCAGAGUAAAAAAAAGAUGUUUUAGAGACAUUCAGUGGUUUUCUUAUCAGACUUUGCACGCACUGAUUUUAUCAUCAAAAUCCCCAAAUGAAGUCAUUUGGGGUUUUUUCUUUACUGCGUAUGGGGAUCAGAGGGUUUUACACAUCAACACAGCUGGAGAGUACAUUCAUUUGAGGCAGACUGGACUAAAUACUUCAUCAAAAAACAUCAACUAAAUCCAGUUUAAUGUAGCAAAACAUUAAAAAAAACAAAAAUUUUAGCAGGUAUAAAGUGAAACUUGUGUCAUUUAAAAUGUUUUUCAAUUAAAAACCACAUAUACAGUGCUCAGCAUAAAUGAGUACAGCCCUUCAGAGUUGACAGAAAACCUUUAGUUUCCUCUCAAAAUCAACAUUUUCUAUGUCAGACUAUACAAGAAUACUUCCCCAAAUGAUUGCAAACCAUUGAUUGCAAACAAGAUUUUUGAAGUUGCAUAUAAAAAAAAAAUAUGUCUCCCAUUUAAAGCUAUGGUCUACGAUCUGAAAACCAGUUUGGCUGUUGAGAACAUAGACUGUAUAUACUAUGGACAACUUGGUUCCACCUACCACCUGUAUACGGAUUUGGAGCCAAAAUAGCUCUCGAUAUUUCCGUGACUUUUCUUCAUUUCUGCGCAGUAGCGAUGCGUGCAUUCAGCCGCACAGUCGCAGAGAGUCACUGUGAUGACGCUCGGCUCAAACAGCGUAUCCCCCGGGAGAGCUACGCAAUCCCUGAACGCCCAUAGGCUGUAUCAAGUGUCAAUCAUAGAAAACAUGAACCCUCUAAUAACUUUUAAAAACGGAGCUGUACAGAAAAAUCAGUCUUAUUGUAACUACAUGUCAACAUCACAAGCAGGAGGGAGAAAGAUUUAUAUUAUGUGUUAUGAGGCUCGUGUCGCCUCUAAACAACACGCCCCCUCCUAUAGAGCAAGAAGCCGGCCGGCAGAAAAUAUCAGCAGUAGUUCACAGUGGUAGCCAUUGCAAUCGGACCGGGGCGAUCAAAACCAUAUAUUAGCGGGGCAAAGCGGGUCUGGCGUCGCCACUGCUAGUCGGUCAGAGCAGAGCCGAUUGUGAGCGAGGCUUUACCUUUCUCGGCGUGUCUUAACCAGCUCAGUUUAUAAUGCUAAAGAUCCGCGGCUAACUUAUGCUAAUAUCUAUUGACAGAGCCUACCCGUCCCGACCAACAACAUUCAGUCAUUCGCCAAAAUAGGCACAGACUAACCAGGGUUAUUCAGCAGACAUCUCCCACUGUAGUAAACAAAGUAAUUACCUGUUCAACAGAAACUCGGCUGUCCCAGCGGCAGUUUUCAGUCCCAAAUCCGUCUGCAGCUUUUUCCACCGGUGUUUUGUCGUAGAAUGCACCCCUGCUGUAGAAUGCUCCCCUGACGGGAGCGCGGUUGAAAGUACAUAACAAGGCGAUAUAAUCCAAGUUUCCCUCACCGUUGGAUGGAUUCAAAAACGUGUGCCUUUAACGAUUUCAUUCAGGCUAUUCAGAUAAGCCGAAAACAAUAGACCUCUGAUUCGGAAUAUUUACUGUCCCGAAAAUACAAUGUUCUCUGACUUGACAGUCGACAGCUAAUGAGUGGAUGGGAUGAAGGGGUGCAUUUGGCAGGGGUGCAUUCCACGGCACAACACCGGUCGUACGUUUCUCCAAUGUAGACUCUCCGUUGGCACCUGUAUCGCUUUUAUUUCUUCCUUACUUCAGCCCUUUCCUCGAAACUUUUACGUUUCCCUCCCUUCGAUGUGGAGGGUAACAGAAGCGGCCUCCUGGUUUUGGUGUUUGUCUUCUCCGGCGCCAUUACGCUUCAGCAGCUGUGCAGCUUGCUAAUCACAUGUACUUGAGGGGGUAGUGAGGAAUAGGCGGGACCAUGGGCGGGACGGUGUGGAGCAGGGGAGACAGGGGAUUGGAUGGAUUUACGGACCAAUCCAAACCGCCGGGGUACGGCAGUCUGGAUUGGUCGAUUAUUAUGCCUUUUUGCAGCAAAUAUACUGAAUGGUUUUUUUUCGUUCUUUUUGAUCUUUAUAUUGCGUAAAUCGGACCAUAACAGCCUUAUAAACGGUGUUAUGAAUAAGUACCAAGCUUUCAAAUGGUAGACCAUUGCUUUAAAAUCAGGAUGCAAAAAUGAGUACACCUCAAUCAAAGUUCUGGGAGCGAAGCUAAAUCUUAGUUACCACAUCACCCUUAUUUUCAUCUAAUGGUAAAUAAAAUGUUAAACUCAGCUUUGUCAAAACUUUGGAAAUUCUACUUUUGCUCAUCUAGAUUUUGAGUAAUACAUUACUUUUAAUAGAGGGUGUACUGACUUAUGCUGGGCAGUGGGCACAGCAUACGGUAUGUUCUGAAUAUGGGACAAGUUCUUUAAAAUAAUGUUGGAUCUACCUGAUUACAGCUGGGACACAUCAUUUGAAUACCUAUUUUUAUUAUGAAACACUGCACUGUAACUUAUGCUGGAGUUUAAGCCGUUUUUAGUCUCUCUUUGUCGAGAUUUUUUAUGUCUUAUUCAAUAACUUCUAAACAUCGUUUUGUUUACUGACUUUUAUCAUGACUCUUUUGAUGCAAGGGUCCCAAACAGGAUCGUUUCCAAAAGACACAAAAAUAUCUUUACAAGCUGAUGCAGAAAAAAAGUACACUUAAAGAAGUAUGAUACUUUGAAAUGACCCUCCUUUAAGCCCUCAGUCAGUCUGAGUUUGACAUCCCUGAUUAACUGUGUUGUCUGAAACACUUUGAAUUGUUUAAAUGUGCCUCAUGUAUUAACUUGCCUCAUAUUUUCCUCGUAUUUUAUUUUUUGUCCUCUAAUAUUUUUCCCUCUGCAUCUCUCACAGGUGGUCAUUCGGUGUUCUCCUCUGGGAAAUUGUCAGCUUAGGUAAGUGAGACAACAGCCUCAAAAUGAACAAACGGCAUUCAGCACACAGGCUUUACUGUUUACACCCAUUUACUGUUUAAUCUGAGCGCAGCUGCAGCAACUAGGGAACUAGACAAAUCUGCAUGUUCAGACAGAUUUAGGCUUGGGCCAGUCACAGCUGCAUGCAGUAUGGCUGCCUUGAGGCCUUUUGGUGUUGUACCUGAUGAUAACCCCCCUUAAAAAAUGAUAUUUGAGGAGUUUUUUUCUGCUCUCAAAACUGACCGAAAUUAGCAUUAAUGACUGUAAAUGAUAAACAGAGGCUAAGUAGACCAUCAGUAACAAGUUAGGUUGUUGAAAAAUGGUUGUUUGAAACUUCUUUAGGGGGUAGGUUUGGGUCAGGCUGAGUCCCUUCUAUUUUUACAUUUUACACAGCAGAGAUUAAUCUAAAUAAUGAAGCGAGAGAUUUUUUUUUAGAAAUCCCAACUUACACAUAUACAGGACAAAGUAGCACAGUAGUGCAAGCUUCAUAUUUUCACUUCUUCUUGUGUGUGUCAGGUGGCACACCAUAUUGCGGGAUGACGUGUGCUGAGCUGUAUGAAAAACUGCCACAAGGCUUCAGGAUGGAGAAACCUAAAAACUGUGAUGACGAAGUGUGAGUAUCCAGUACACUUAAGAUAACAAGUUGCUUCUUUGCUUUUAUUUCAUUAAAUUUAUCAAUUCUUCUUCCUCCGUUCAGUUAUGAGCUUAUGAAGCAGUGCUGGAGGGAUCGGCCCCAUGAGAGACCCCCCUUCUCCCAAAUCUCUGUGCAGCUCAACAGGAUGCAGGAGGCCAGGAAGGUAAGGCUUCCAAAACACAGUUUCAGAAGAAAGGGAAUAACAGGAAAAUGUCCUAUAAAGUAAACAUGACCUCAAGAUGAUCCAAGAUGGAUCUAAGAUGUUACUGAGGUUUCUGCAGUCUGUGAUGAAUUCACUGCCAUGUUAUCAGCUGGUGUUGGUCCUCUUUUCAAGUCACUGCAGCUAGGAGAUAUUAGAGUGUUUCAAGCUUCUCUCUGCUAAAAAGCUUCGUGGAGAUGCUGAUUUCCCUUUCCAGCUAGACUUUGCACCUGCCCACAAUGCCAGAAUUUUCACACAAUGGUUUGCCGCCCAUAUCUGAUUGAUUUGAAUUGGCCGGUCAGCUUGCCCAACCAGAAGCCGAUAGUAUCUGUGGAAACGAUGAGAAACAUUUGACCUUAAAAUAAAGCUAUCAAAACAACCACAGCUUCAGAAACACAUCAGCAGUUUCGUAGGCUGGUUGUUUCCUGGUUGACUUGGAGAAGUUUGAAGCUACAGUGAAGUAAUCUUAUUUUUGACUGCUGUCAGAGAGUAUUGCAGGAUUUUUUAUUUUAAUGAACUUUGAGGCCAAAUCAUCCAAUCUUGAACUAAAAUUAGCAUUUCUGAAAAUAUUAAAUUAAAAGUUUACUCUUUUAAGUUACUUUGAAAAAAAAAUGUCCAUAAUAUUGGUAUAUAAUUUAUUGCAGUUUACCUGUACACAUUAAGGAUCUGAUCAUGGUUGUAAAUUACCUUCAGUGUUAGUUACAUACAAAGACUGAAAUGCUCACCAUUUAGACAGGCUUGAUGAAUCAGGCCUUACACAAGUCAAAUAAAAAAUUAACCUUGAUGAAAUUUGGUUAUCACCUAUCAGGUUUCUUGACACAGUGUUAAUCCUGGAAUAAACCAACUUCAAACUACUUAGAAUUGUUGUCUUGCAGGGGUAAAACACCAGUUUUUCAACACUUCUGAAGUCCGUUUACCAAAUAUUGAGAAACUUCGCUAACCAAUGACUGUGACACAAAUCACAAGUUUCUAUCUGUCCCCCAGGCUUAUGUGAACAUGGCUCUCUUUGAGAACUUCACCUACGCUGGGAUAGACGCCACAGCCGAGGAGGCCUGACUACCAGCCCCCCCAGACCCUAGCAUGCCACGUAGCCUCAAGAGGAAGCCCCGAGGAUGGUCGCCGCGUUACUGCCACCACCCUGCCGCUCAGCGUCGAGACAGGAGGACCAGACGCUUUACCAAAGACACCCAGUUAUAAAAGGAGGACUGUGAAAGGACACUGUGUGGAGAUGGUGUUUGAGACACUGGGAGAUGAGGAGUAUGGCUGGGCUUUUUUUAAGGGAAACACUGAGCCCCUGUCUCUACAAACCGGUCCCAGUUAAAGGACACGUCAUUGUACCUCUUGAGAUGCAAAAGUUACAAUGCUCGACCCUUUUUCUGCGGUAGUUGAAGGGAAGCGGCACAUGAGGAGCUACGUGACUUGCUGAAAUACCACAGGGUCUGUGGGGUACCUAAGCUGGACUUUGCUUCUUUUCCAUUACUCUAAAUGGAGAAGGAAAUCUGUCAAUGAAGAAAAAAUUCAGAGGACGCAGUGUAGAUCACAAAUACUCAGUUCUCAAAGUGUAAGAAAAGGGAUGAGACAUACGAUGUAGCACUUAAACCUGCCUUAUUCAUGCCAGAUGUGUCUAUUACUGUUAGCCUAUCACUGCCAUGUGAAUGUAAUAACUACUGUCUGUAUUUUGUGUGUACCGAAGCCUCUUAUUGGACUGAUAUAAAAUGUACUAUUGUAGAUAAUUCAAGAGUUAUAUGAACAGCCAUACCACCAGAGUCGUUUUGAAAAUGCUAAUGGUUUCAGGAAAUGCAGUCUACCAGCUCUUAACAUCAUAGUCAACCUCUUACACUAUUAGAGCUACAGCAGUGUAUGUUAUUAUAACCAGUGUAUUAAAAUGUACAGUACGUUCCUUUCUUUUACUCAUCCCUUUGUUGAGGGUUUUUGUGUUGUGAUUGGAUUUGAUACCUUAAAAAGGAUAUUUCGGCGUAUGUUUAAGCCAUGGUCAAACACACCAUAACAAUGAGUUAGACGAGAGAUAAGUUUUGCCGACUGCUUGCUUUCUCCAGUUCCACCAACUUAAGCAAAGACACAGCAAACUACAUCUCCACACGCAAACCUCAACCAAAAUGCCAAUUUAUAGCCACAAAUAAUGCUCAAAACAGCACCUAACUUCAUCAACAGGGAUAGGGUCCCAGCUAUAGUACUAACCAUCAAACAACUUUUUAGCUUUGCCUGGUUUCUUUGGCAAAGAGAGUACAACUAACACAGUGUUACAGUGUGUUUGACCCUGGCUUAAAUUUACACCGGAAUAUCCCUUUAACAAGUUUUGGCAUCUUGCACAGCCACGUUUCUACAAUCUGACUUCAUGAUCACUGAAUAUCCUUUUUUCUUCACUGUACCUUUGAAUCUGGUUCAGGAACAAAUGAACCUCUACAAUUCAGCUUUUUUCUUAGAACAAAGGAAACAGAUAACGAUCUUUUCCCCCUAUCUGCAAUGCUGCAAACCUGCACAACUUAAACUCCCACGCUCAUGCUCACAAGGGGUUAUGUUCUACAUUGAGUGAUUACAGUCAGCUGAAAUAUGAAGAUUUAUUAAUAAACUGAAGAGAGUUGGAUCAGCUUUUUGUCCUUACGCCAUCCCAAAAAUCACAUCUUCAUGAUACUUUUGUUCCAACCAGGUGAUUUUGGGGGGCCAUGGUCACCCCUGAAAUCUCAUACACAACCCCAGACCUGAUUGGUAGUUAAUCAACUUCAUCAACACUAAAAAAUCAGGAGAAAACACCUGCUGAUCACUCAUGCUAGAUCACAUAAUUGGUUGAUUUAAAGCUGCACUGACCCAGGACCAGUUUUAGUGUUAGAGUGGUGGUGCACUGAGGUUAUCAGAGCUGAUCCCUGACUGUGUUGAUGUUAAAAUUCAGUUUUUCUCCUUAUUUUGUCACUUCCACUACACUGAAGCUUUUCAUCUAAGUGUUUUCCAGUUGAUUUUCCCACACGGUGUUGUAGACACAAAUUGACCUGAAAGUUAUGCCUUUACAAAAUAAUCGGAAGUUAGCCAUUAGCGUCCACAUUAGCUGCCUGGGGUGCCUUUACUUUGAAAUUUAGGAGUUGCAGUAAGUGAAUUAGCCACAGUAAGUGCUGGUAGGGAUUCCUCCUUUAAUAAGAAACUGUGGGGGGGGGGGGGGGACUCUGACUUAAGCAAUCAUCCUGGUUUAAGGGUAUGCAGUCAAUCGUUUUGAACUAUGUUGGACAACUUAAACAGCUGGCCAGCUAAUGCUCAUGAACAGCUACAGCAAAGGUCACAUAGGAAUGAAGGGCAUCCUAAAUUCAGACCUGACUCAUAAGCUGUUUUUACCAGCUGAAGUUUGGUUUCCAGAAAUAUCGCUUUGAUUAAACAAGUCAUGGUCUUGUUUUUGCUGUUGUUUCUAAACCUGUCAUCUCGUGCAUGUUGCGAAACCACAGGCCAGGCUGCUGGGGGGCCAGGUGUACUCCUCUGAGUUUAGGAACACUGAUCUCCCGGCUGCACGGAGCUGAUCUGUCACUGAGUUUCCUCCGCAAACCAACCACACGCACAGAACUGUCUGUCAAAUACGGUCAUAGUGGGCCAGCAUCCUGAGGACCUACAUACGACUACACCAGUCACCCACACACAAAUGUGUAUGGUGUGGGAACAGGAUACCCGAAUUUAUUUUUAUAUCCUGACUGAAAUUGUGUAAAAAACACUCCUAUGACUUCAUAUGCCUCUUUAUGAUUUGGUCAUUUGAAAACGCCGACAUUCGGGGAAAGUAGGGCAAGUGUGUUCAUUUUUAAUGUGUGAAAAAAGAAGUGGUGAACAUUUUACUCAUGUCAAAUUAACAUCAGAAAGUGUUGACUUGCUUUUCGACCAUUUGGCCUGAGACUUUGAUAUAUAUCACAUUUUCUGUUUCUUCAUAAAGUUGGAAUUAUAGAUGGCAACAAUAUUCCAGUAAACCUAUUAGCACUUUUUUUGCAAAACUUUUUAUACUUGUUUGACUCCGUAAACUUUUUCUUUAGAAACCCAAACCAAAGAGUUCUCAGCAGUUCUCUUUUGAACCUUUUUUCAUAGCAGCUGAACCAAUCGGUGCCAACCGGGGGUUGGUAGAGAUGAUAUCAGUCCGUGGUUAGAACUUACUUGCAGAGAAAUUUGAUAUCUUAGUAAAGCUCCCAUGCUGAAAAGUUUUACUUCAAACACAAGAACCAUACCAACAGAAAAACAAAAAACAACAUUGCUAUCGAAAGUGAUAAAACAGAGCAGUUUUCUGAUUUCGUGUCAGAUCUCUUCUCUUUCUUGAUCUUUAUCGGGACAUUCAAAUGUGUUCAAAGGGCAUCACACACUUUUCACAUCAGUAAAACAAAAACUCUAAAUCCCAACGCAAAGCAUACAUUGUGUUCCAACCACUGAUCAAAAACAAGUUAUGAAAAUAUUUAUCUUUACAGACUUCAACAAAAAGAAAAAUGUUGAAGAGAAAAACAUUAUUCAGCAUUGAAUAUUUAUCAAAGUAGUACCAGAGGCUCAUGAAUGGAAGCAUGGCGUUCCUCAAGGAAGCUAUCUGGGACCUUUUUUAUUCUCACCAUUUGUGCAUCCGCUCGGUAAUGUUCUCUUAAAUCACAGUUUUAAGAUUGAUUAUUUCGCUGAUGACACUUUACUCUACACAUCAGUCUCACAAAACGACCUAAAAGCACCUCAGACCCUCACUGCCUGUUUUAGAUGUUAACGUUGAAUAAAGGAAAUCUGUGAAAGAUUGUGGAAAGUUUUUUAAAAGCAGAGUUAAAACAUCUGAUAUAAAUCCUGAAGAGGUUUAAAAAGAUGCUGAAAUAUUAUCUCAUGCUUUUUCCACCAGAUGAUUUGAAUAAGGUUUUUGUAGUGAAUAUCAUUGUGUCUCUCGUUUGACACAAUUUAGUUAUUUUACUUCUAACAGCCUUGCUCCUCCACACUUGGUCCAAAAACAUUUUAUAUACAUUUUUUUGGCCUGUCAAUGUUGAGAAAAAUCUCUGAUGUUUUUUAAACCAAAUUAAGGAUGCCCACGUAAACAUGGCUAGCAAUAACACCCCGCAGCAUGCAUAACUGUUGGCCAUGUUAUUGUUAAAAUCUGGGGUUUGAAUAAAAGUUUCCUGCUGUUAUAGCUGUCAUGAACACAUGCAAUAUACAAAUGUUGAGUCAGGCUGCUGCAGACAAAGAUUUUUCAUCACAGACAACUCCCGCUGGGUGCCAGCCCCAAGUGGCCACUCAAGGAACUUCAAUUUUUCCACAAUUAAGCAUAUAAAAUAUCUUUUAGCACCAGCAGUUGAAGCUUUUAGAUGAAACAAACAAACUUAAGAUACUGCACAUCAUUUCUACUGAGUAUUUUUUUAUACUACUGUGUUCCCUGAAGCCCAUAAUAAGCUCAUAGCCCCUCUUAAUAGAGACUUCUUUAAAUCAAGACAUUUUAUUUUGAGUAAGGGGAAAAAAAGGCAAAUCCAGGUCAGGAGUAGUUCCCCCCAUUGAUUGUAAGUCAUGUCAUUAGUUGGAAAUAUAUCAUUUUAGUUUAUUCUUAAUCUGUCCUCCCAAACUGUCCUUUUAGGUGCUAUCUUCCAGUUUAAACAAAGCACACUUCCUGCUCUUUGCACAAGUGGUCACAAUGUGCCAACCCCCAACCCCAUGCCUACUGAA